AUGGUUGAUGCUUUAAGGUCUAAUAUAGACAAAGGUGCCAAUAAACUUGCAAGAGACUUGUAUAGAGAGUAUGGUGUGCGAUUAAGCUACAGUCAAGCCUAUAGGGGAAAAGAAAAAGCAUUGUGGGAAAUACAUGGUCGUGCAGAAGAUUCUUAUAGCAUAAUCCCUUGGAUUUGUGAUCGAUUAAUAGAAACUGAUUCGAUGAUAGUUGCGAAAUGGAAUGCCUCAAAUAAUAGAUUUGAGAGGCUAUUCAUUGCUUAUGGAUGCUCUAUAUCCAGUUUUUUAGGAGGUUGCCAAGCCAUGCUUUAUAUAGAUGGAUGUCAUUUAAGCAGUCCAUAUAAGGGAACAAUGCUGUCAGCAUGUACAAAUGACGCUGAUAAUGACUUAUUUCCGAAUAAUGUGAUUAUUGGUGUCGUGCAAGCUAUAUUUGGUGGUGGUGAGAGAUAUGCAUUUUGUUACCAUCAUGUGAAGAAAAAUUUUCGCACAACAUUUAAGAAAAUCAAUAAAGGUAAGAGGCAUACCUCAAGAAACAUGAAAGAUAAUGCGUUAAAAUUGCUUGAUGCAAUUGCCUAUGCAAGGCAUGAGGUUAAAUUUAAUAUUGCAAUAGGGAAUCUAAGAAUGUUUUGUCCACAGUUGGCACAAUGGGUUGGAACCCAAGGGGAUGUAGGUUGA